CACCACUCAGCCGACAGCAAACCACUGGGCCUGUUACAUUUUAUUCUGCAGUGUCUUGCGUUAUUGAAAAUACUACAAGUCAGGAUGGAGUAUCACCACGCUUCAGAGAUGAACGGAGUCGUGUCCGACUACCUGAACAUGUGCAUUGAGUCUAAACAGAAUGGUUCAUGCAAAGAGAAAGAAUCCAGGGAAGCUGCAGAUUCAAAAAAGCUGUCUCUGAUUGAGAAAUCUUACAGCACCAUACUGAGUGAGCUUGGAGAAGACGUGGGCAGAGAGGGACUUCUACGAACACCGCUGCGUGCAGCCAAAGCCAUGCAGUUCCUCACCAAAGGCUACAAAGAAACCACCCAAGAUAUCUUGAACGAUGCAAUCUUUGAUGAAAACCAUGAGGAGAUGGUGAUUGUCAAGGACAUCGAGCUGUUUUCUCUCUGUGAACAUCAUCUGGUGCCCUUCUUCGGCAGGGCUCACAUAGCAUACCUCCCAAACAAGAAAGUUGUCGGUCUCAGCAAACUUGCAAGAAUUGUUGAGAUCUACAGCAGGAGGCUUCAAGUUCAGGAGCGUCUGACCAAACAAAUCGCUUCAGCCAUCUCUGAGGCUUUGGAGCCUGCUGGAGUAGCAGUGGUGAUUGAGGCUGUUCACAUGUGCAUGGUAAUGAGAGGUGUGCAGAAGAUGAACGCCAGCACUGUUACGAGCGUCAUGCUGGGAAGAUUCCAUGACGAUCCCACGGCCAGAAAGGAGUUUCUAGCCCUUACAAUGAAGAAGUAACACAUUUUUACCUCAACACACAGGAAAUUGUACAGCGUUUAACACAUAUGUUUUUUGUGUUAUGUGUACUUUUGUCUGUAAAGUGCCGGUGUUAUUGGCUGGUUUACUUAAAAUGAUAUUGUAUUUUUUCAGCUUUGAAAGUGAUGAGAAAUAUCAGAUGCAAAAAAUGCAAAUAUCCCACACAUACAGUGUGAGUAUUGUUAUCUUUAUGUAUACACUUUUCAUUUUCUGAUACAUUCCUAUAUUUACAGCCAAUAACUAUAAUGGUGAAAAUGCAAUAAAAGAAAUGUUUAACAUG